AUGAACAAUCAAACAGAUGAACUAUUGAAAAAAGUCGUUGUCUCUCAACCAUCAUCAAGAAAAUCACGUUCCAUAAGUCGUUAUUUUCUUGGUAAUAAACGUUCAAGUAUAGAUGAUACAACACAAGAUAAUAUAUAUCGUUGUUUAAUAUCAGUUGGUAUAUUUGAUUCUUAUGAUUUAUGGACAAAUGUUACUCUAUUUCGUGAUUAUACAACAUGUCGACGUUUAUUUAUAAUAACAAAUAAAAAUGAAUUAAUUAUUGGUAAAUAUAAUCAACGACAAUCAUUAUUUAAAAUUAAACAUCGUAUUGAUUUAAAUUGUAUAUGGUUAUAUAAAAAUUUAUAUGAUAGUAUAGCAUCUGAAAUAACAUCAUUAAAUUAUUAUGAUUCUCAACGUUCAUUAAUUAUUGGUUGGCCAUUAGCAGAAAAUUUUAUUGUAGAAUUCGACACAAAAUCUAUUCGAGAUAUUUGGAAACAACGUAUUGAAUCAACACUUUACACUUGGUGGCAAUCAAAUGAUUCAAAUAUCGAACAUGUUCGAAUUGUAAUCGAUCAAAAUUACGAAUCCGAUCAAAAUAAUAAUACAGCGUCAUUUCUUAUUCGUAAAGUUAUUAGUAUUCGACCACAGGAAACGGUUCAAGAUCUUAUUAAAAAAUGUAUUGAAGCAUUUCAUCUUCGAGAUCCAUUAGUGGAUAGUUAUGUUUUAUUCGUAACAAAUAAUCAAUCUAAUUCAACAGUUCAUACAAAUCCAAAUUCUUUCUCACAAUCCACUCAAAUAACAAAUAUACCAUUAAUUGGUUAG